GAUCAUGUUGUGACUAAACAUCUCAUCAAACUAUCUUCUUCUUGGUUCUUCAUCAUCUUCUCUACACAUAUCUUUGCCUUUUGUUCAAAAACGAGUAGUCUUAAAAAACAUAAAUUAGCAAUGGAAGGUAAAGGAAAAGCGGGAUCAUCAUCAUCUUCUUCCUCCAUCACUGCUCAGCUCUCUGGCCCCAAGGAACGUUCUUGCUCCUCCAACUUCAAGUCCAUUUUCCCUCCUCCCUCUAAGGGAACAUCAGGAAACAUCCUAAGCUCAAAAAAUGGGUCCAUAGACCAUCGUAAAGAAUCUUCAACGUGCAAUCUAAGUUCGUCUCUUUACUACGGUGGUCAAGACGUUUACUCUGGAUCCACAAGCAGCCAUACUUACCAUAACGUUAACAAGGCUCAGCCUAGAGGAGACGAUGAUGCUAGUGGAAACAACUCGACGGACGCAUCCAGAGGAAACUGGUGGAAAGGUAUAUUUUCUCUAAUUAACAAUUAUUUAUGUUGCAAUCCAUGUCUUACUUUCUUUCCUUCUAACAUGCCUCGUAUCUCGUCAAUUUUGCAGGUUCGCUUUAUUAUUAAAACAUCUAUGCAAAAGUAUCAACAACAUCAAGUAGAAACAGAACUAUUUCCAUCAUAUCGUCCUUUGUUUAACUUGUUUGAAAGAAGCUGUAUCAUUCAAUGAUGCUUUGUUACUUGUUAGUCCCUUUGUCUAAUGUUAAAUCAAAGAUAAACUUUUUGUACUUCAAAAAGUUCGAGGUAUUGUGAAUUGACAAUUAAAUCUGAAAAAAAAAUGAACGAGAAACACAGAGAUGGAUUAUCUCUGGCCAUCUAAGUGAUGGGAAUGUGAAACUUAAUUAAAC